UAUUAGACGACGUCACAAAGAUAUCAUUUCUCCACAUUGUGUAUACUAUGAGCUGUCACUUCAGUUAUCACUGAGUGGCAAUAAAUCUAUUGACGGGUUUGUUAAAGAAACAUUUACUGCACCAGGGGCUAGUAAUAGAUAUAAAAGACUAGAAUAUGUCCCAUAUGAACAGUUUACUAAUAUUAAAUAUCUUUCUAAAGGAGGAUUUAGUAAAAUAUAUAAAGCAACUUGGAAGGAAGGACCAACUACUUCAUGGUAUUCAAAAAAACAAAGGUUUCAUAGGCAUAGAAGCUGUACCGUUGUCCUUAAAAGUCUUAAUGAUUCUAUCUUGGUUAGGAAAAUUAAAUAUUUUAAAAAGUAUAACAAAUGGACUUAA